CGGAUCCACCGUCGCCACCUCCCGCAGCGCCGGGCGCUGCCGGCCAGGUCCCUCCGCCCAUGAACCGGAAAAGUGGGGGUGGCGGCGGGGCGGCGGCGGACACUCACCAUGGAGUUCUCAACGGCGGACUACAGCAUCUUCGUGCUGCUGCUGGUGCUGUCAGCGGCCAUCGGGCUGUUCUAUGCGCUGAGCGGCGGGCGGCAGCGCACGGUGCAGGAAUUCCUGCUGGCCAACCGCAGCAUGGGCUUUUUUCCCGUUGCCCUGUCCCUGCUGGCCACUUUCCAAUCUGCGGUGGCCAUCCUGGGGGUGCCGGCAGAGAUCUAUCGCUUCGGCACCGAGUACUGGUUCCUGGGCUGCUCCUAUUUCCUGGGGCUGCUCAUCCCCGCGCACGUCUUCAUCCCCGUCUUCUACCGCCUGCAGAUCACCAGCACCUACGAGUACUUGGAGCUGCGCUUCAACAAGACCGUGCGCAUCUUCGGCACCAUCACCUUCAUCUUCCAGAUGGUCAUCUACAUGGGAGUGGUGCUCUACGCUCCCGCUCUGGCACUCAAUGCAGUGACAGGCUUUGACCUUUGGAGCGCGGUGCUCACCAUCGGGCUUGUCUGCACGUUGUACACUACACUGGGAGGGCUGAAAGCCGUCAUCUGGACCGACGUGUUCCAGACUCUGGUCAUGUUUGCGGGGCAGCUGGCUGUCAUCGUGGUGGGCGCACAGCGAGUGGGGGGCAUGGCCCGCGUGUGGCAUGUGGCCGAGCAGCAGGGCAAGAUCUCCAGCAUUGACCUGGACCCUGAUCCGUACGUGCGGCACACCUUCUGGACGCUGGCUUUCGGGGGGGUCUUCAUGAUGCUGUCACUGUAUGGCGUGAACCAGGCACAGGUGCAGCGCUACCUGAGCUCCCGCAGCGAGAGGCAGGCGGUGCUCUCCUGCUACGCCGUCUUCCCCUGCCAGCAGAUCGUUCUGUGCCUCAGCUGCCUCACCGGCCUCGUCAUGUUUGUCUAUGACCGCGAGCACCCACUGGUCCCCAGUGGCACCCAAAUCUCCUCUGACCAGCUGGUGCUGUACUUUGUGAUGGACGUGCUGCGGGACCUGCCGGGGCUGCCUGGCCUCUUUGUCGCCUGUCUCUUCAGUGGCUCGCUCAGCACCAUCUCCUCUGCCUUCAACUCGCUGGCGACGGUGACGAUGGAGGACCUGGUGCGGCCGCACUGCCCUGGGCUAUCAGAGUCCCGUGCCACGCUGAUCUCCAAGAUCCUGGCUUUUUGCUACGGGCUCCUGUGCCUGGGAAUGGCUUACGUGUCUUCUAUGCUGGGCCCUGUGCUGCAGGCGGCCAUCAGUAUCUUCGGCAUGGUGGGGGGGCCGCUGCUGGGGCUCUUCUGCCUGGGGAUGUUCUUUCCCUGUGCCAACCCCACAGGUGCGGUGGUGGGACUGCUGGCCGGGCUGGCCAUGGCCUUCUGGGUGGGCAUCGGCAGCCUGGUGGCCAACAUGGGGGGGGCCGCCCCCCUGGCUAACAGCACCGUGCCCCCCCCCAUCAACUUGGCCCCACCAGCCACGAUCGCUACCACGCUGCUCACCUCCACGACACCCCCCCCUAGCCCCACAGGCCUGCAGAAGUUUUACAGCCUCUCCUAUAUGUGGUACAGCGCCCACAACUCCACUACCGUCAUCGUGGUGGGGCUCCUGGUCAGCCUGCUCACUGGUCCCACACCGCCCUCUGCUGUGGAUCCCCGCACCAUUUUCCCGGUGCUGCCACAGCUGCUGUGCUGCCUGCCCGCCCGCUACCGGCAGUGGCUGUGCUGCGGGGUGCGCUUCCCCACACAGGAAGCCCCCCACCCAUCACCCACAACCGAGAAGCAUGUUCCCAACGGGCUGGGCGCUGCGCCACGGGAUGACACCGAGGAUCAGGGCUACGGGCCACCCGCCUAUGCGCUGCAGGAGACGGCCUUCUGAGCGAGCCCGGCACUCCCGCAGGGCCGGUGCUGCCCGGGGUUGCCGUGGGACCAUGAUGCGGAGCGAUGCCACGCUGUUAUCUCACGUUACCCACAUCUCAAUAAACUGUUCUUGAGAGCA